AUGCUCCGUCGCGUGAUACCGCAGCCAGGGACGUCGCUAAAACCACCAUCUAUCCACAAUCAUUUACCCCCGAUCACAGGUCCUGUGACCCUCAACCUCAACUUUCCAAACGUUUCUGUGGAGAAAGUAUACAACACCAUUACAACCGCCACCCCAAAGCGGACACCCCCAGCUCAUGCCCAAACCAAGCACAAAUCUUGCUUGACGUUGCCAAAGAUAAACGUAUAUGGGCCCUCAGAAUCUGACGGACAUUCAUCAGUGAAACGCACUGAACGUGGUGUCCAGGCCACGACUAAAACAGUACAUAUAUGUUCCCAGAACAACGGCACCCAAGAUGCACAGGCCCCUGUUACCGCGCAUCAGGCGAAAGAGAUGAAAGAGAUGGCAAAGUCGCUGUCUCAAGCUGUCGACCGCCGAAUAAGCAGGUCCCGCUCCGUGGUGGGUCGAUCAUACUCCCUAAAGACCUCGAUCGCUCGGCGCGCUCCACGUGAGAGACAAGUCGACCUUUCCACUACAUCUUUGGAUGCGAUUAUCCAUGGAACGAGCAUCAUGACAUUGCUGAAUGCAAAGGCAUUGGAGGCAGAUAUCGUCGCAGUUGAACUUGAUCGGCUCUCAGUUAAACUUUGUGAAUUGGGCGAUUAUCACGGCGCAUGCGACAUGAGCAGGAAGGCAGCGCAGGUGCUACAAGAUGUAUGUGUUGCAACCAAGAACGAGCCCAGUGACACAUAUGCCACCGCCCUCCACAAUCUCGCUAUACAUCUAUCACACGUUGGCCUAUACAAGAAAGCGCUUUUGUCAGCUCGAGAAGCUGUUACGAUGUACACUCAUCUCAGAACAUCUCAGUGCAGUCGUAAUCCUGUCCUGGAAGCAAAUCUGGCCCUAUCGCAGCUGACUCUCGCUAAUUGCUUAAGCUAUAACGGGAACACGAAAGAGGCUCUGACAAGUGCAAGACAGAGCGUGGAUAUCUACCAGUCCUUCUCCGGUCCGGAGGCUGUCGAGUUUCGUGCGGAUCUAGCGAUGUCUUUGGUCAAUUAUGCCGAUAAGCUACGAGCUGCAGGACAGGUUGCCGCUGCGCAGUUCCAAGCUCAGUCAGCCAUAGACAUAUAUAUGCGACUGCGCAAGACCCAUGCUUCCAAGUAUGGUGCAGAGUACGCAGCUGCACUCAGCGCCAAUGCUAAGUGCUUUCAUAGUCUUAAGCAUCAUGACGAAGCGCUGGGGCUGGUAAAGGCCGGCAUAGCUAUCUGGCGGGCCCUUGAGCAUUCACGUCCGGGUAGAUUCUCUCACCACCUGGCAGACUCUUUGAUGGAGGCUCAAGCAAUACAUUCUUCUUUGGGAGCACGCGAGGAAGCUUCUCGAGCAGCGAAGGAAGGGGUAUCUCUUUUUCGCAAGCUUGCAAAUGGUUACCCGGAUCGGUUUAACCAGCAUCUGGCAUCAUCGCUGACUUGUGCUGGGCGCGCACACGUGCGUGCAAAGGAUUUCCUGCAAGCUAUCAAGUUUUUCAAGGAAGCCAUCGAUAUCUACGAACGCCCUACACUGCAUAUCGUUUCUGAUAUUCAACGGGCAGAUAUACUUGAAGAUGUCGCUCAAUCUUAUCGCAAGCUAACAAACUUUGCAGAAGCGCAAAAGUAUUAA